AGAACCCGUGGUGACGACGACGCGUCUGCUUCGGAAGGCAACUCCGGUGUAUCUCCAGCUCCUGCAAAGCGCGCCCGAGUCAACAAGAAACGGAUCGAUUUCAAUGGCGGUGUAGCAGCAUCAACCCCAGCAUCACACCCACUAGAAUCCUUGCUCGCGCUCUCUCACGAUGAACUCGCGAAGCAUGCUCUCAAUCUUCAGAACCAGCUGACAGCACUUCAACAAGAUGGUAUGNGCAACUCCAGCGAAGUAUUGGGCGAAGAGAAGAUUGCCGAACGAGCAAAGAAGACGAGAGACCAACCCAGCUGCAAGAAAGCAAGUACAAAGUGGAAUUACAAGGGCAUCGUCCCUUGUGAGGAGGUCUUCUAUAAGCUCUUCGGAUCCGGGAAGCCUAUCAAGCCAUGGAAGUAUAAGGCGAUCGAUAUGGUUGACUUUGCACAAUGCAUUGGUGAUAUCAGUGCUUCUAUCAAGUAUAACACCUUGAACCUCACAGGUGAUAGCGUCAAGGUUCAUUGGGAUCAAGACAAGAAGACUUUGAAGUUGACUGGAACUUAUGGC